AGAAGAAGGAGAAGCAGCAGCAGCAGCAGCAGAAGAAGAAGAAGUAACUGUAGCUGCGGAGUUUACCCAUGGAUGGAUCCAUUUGUUUACCAGAGGAGUUGCUUAUAAACUGCUUUCCUCUCGGUCAUGGCCGGUGUUUUCCUCGUCACGCUGUUUGAGUACUCGCCGCUGUUUUACGUCAGUGUGGUGUCGUUGUGUUUCGUUGUUACCGCUGCCGUGGUGCUCGGGUGGUUUGGCUUUGAUGUCCCUGUGAUUCUUCGCAGCUCAGAUGAGACAGAGUCCAUCCUCUCAACUCCUGAGAAGCAUAUGAUCCAGGUGACCAAUCCCUUUGCUAUAGCGAUGGGCUCUGGUCCAGCAUCUGUCACUGAUGGUGCAUCAGUGCGGCCUUGCUGUCUGGAACCUUGCGUCCUGAGCUGUUUUUGGGGUUGUGAGGUUACUGCUCUACAGGGAGCACUGCAGUCCUAUCAGCAUGGACUGAGGCUCAGCACACCACAGCAUUUUCAGGAGGCACUACACCAACGCUACCAUCACCUCCAGAGCUUCCAUGUCAGCAGUGAGGACGCAGAGGAAUGCCACACACAGAUUCCUGUUGACCAGGGAAUCACAGACUUUGGCCUGUUGCCGAGGGAACGCUACCCUCUUGUAGCUGUGCUGACACUGGCAGAGCCAGAAGCCAGGGACACAUACAAUAUUGUGGCCAGUGUGACGGUGAUUCAUGUUCCUGAUGUUAAAUACAAACUCACUGCACGGGCUCUCUUUCAGUACCUUCUAACUUCACGGGGGAACAUGUAUGAAUUAAAGCCUCUGUUCAUGUCAGCAGACAGCACGGCGCUGUCUGGGCCUCCUGACUCAGAACUCGGCACCACACCCGACAAACCUUCAGAGGAGGCCCUCAGAGCAGAGCCGAGUCCAGCACCGGAGGGAGAAGACGAGGACUGGUCAGAGGGGACAGGCAGAGACUGUGUGGUGUGUCAGAAUGCAGCAGUGAACAGGGUGCUGCUCCCCUGCAGACAUGCUUGUGUAUGUGAUGGCUGCAUGUCACACUUUCAGCACUGCCCCAUCUGCAGGGCCUUCAUCCUGGAGUCAUUCACCCUGACACAAGGAGCAGCUGCGGAACAGAGACUCCAAUCUGACACAGUCGGUGGCAAUUAAGCGAUGCAUUACAGCAUGGCCACUAUCAACUGUCCUGAGUAAUCCGUUCAUUACGGCUCUGAAUGCUUCCAGUGAGUUAACAUCCAGUGAUUUGCCAUGUACAUCACCACUCAAAGCGAUAUUUAAAUCCAGGAUCAAGCAUGAGCCCAGACAUGGGUUUCACAAAUAGCUUUUUCACAUGCAUGCAUGUUCACUAUUCCACCCUCAAGAUGGAUUAGAGCCUGCGUCUGCUGACCCACACUUUUCAGUGUCUGUCAUUUUUAUGUGUGUAUUAAUGUAGGAGAAAUAUGAUUUUACCAACAUAAAAUAACAAUAAUCAAAAUAAACAACAUACUAUGUCAUCCAUAACCACAGAUAUUCAGAGGCUCCUCACUGGUAACUUUGUAGAGUUUAAAGAAUCCUCUGUGGGAGUGAUUCUAGUUAUAUUGAACAACCUCCCACUUGAUGGCAGUGAGGCACAGUCAGAUAAUCUCAUGGAAAGGGAACAAAAAAAGUGUAAAUACUACAUAUAUGAAAAGUGUGACUGCUGUUUUAUAAACGGCUGCAUGAUUUCAACAAAAUCUACUGCUGAUCAGUCACCGCUGUUGUUUCAUGUUUGAAGAAUGUAAUAUUUCCAUGUACAGUUUAUUUAUGUAUCCUUCAAUUUGUGAAUGUUAUAUGGUUUGAAUUAUUUAAAGAUACUCUUGGGGUAAAUAUAUAAAUAUACAAGAGUAUAAUGAUUUGCAAAGUGACUUCAGUCAAUCAUUUAAACAGGAACAACAAAAAGAUGGUGAGAAACAUUUGAAAAUGAAGCAUCAUUUCUACUUUAACUGCACUGUUUGCUUCACUUUUUGUUGCUGACCGGUUUCUUGUCUUUUUACAAUGCUUACACCUAAUUUGUGAGGUUUUGGCAAAGGUUUGCUAGACUACUUGUCUUACCACUUGAUGGUCAUGUCUUGAUUUUAUUUAUACUUUCAUUUAUUUUCAAGACAAAACAAAAUAAUAAUAAUAAAAAAUGUGGCAGUAAAGCAAGAGUUGUGUCACAGACACUGAUGAGAUUCGACCGAUAUAUCAGGAAUUUGAUAUAUACGUAGACCACUUCUUUUUCAGUCCAUGGAUUCAGCAAAAAGGCUCUACUCUCAAAGCUCUGUGUUUAUGAGGCUGAAAAUAACUUGACUUCAAACAAUGUUAAAAAAAAAAAAGGAUCUGUAACAAUAUCUGUAUAGUUAGAUCUAAAUGUUAAAUAUUAAAUUUAAAUAUAAAUAUUUGUCAUUUGAAAUUCAAAAAUGUGGUUUGUGCAUUACGAUAUGACGUAGUGAUGGUUUGGCAGUGACGCUCAGUGUCCAGCUGAGAGCAGUGUACGCGGGGUCAAAGUGAGCGUUGUUGUUACACUCACACGUGUUCAUUUAUAUUUGUUAUCUGAUUCUGUAAACACAGUCUGACCAUCUCAAUUAGCUGAAUAUUUAGUUUUAUACAGAACAUUUAUAUUUAACAUUUGUGUAACAUUUAAUAUUUAGAUUUAACUAAUUAAUGUGUUUAUAAGUUAACAAAUAUUGGUGUAAAUGUGGAAAAAGUUAACGUUAACACUUUUUGAAACAUAGUUUGGAGCUAAUGUUAUUUUCAGCCUGAGCCACCUCUUAUGUAUUCCCCACAUCAUUGUCUUUACACCUAAAAAUACCUCUAGAGGAGAGGCUUAGAAUUGCAAUGUCCCUUCCCUACAGUGGUCACCGUUGUCUUUUAUGACCAUAAGUUGUAUUGUCUAUAUUGUAACUUUACUUACUGAUAUUUUAGCAAUCUUUUGCUAACAGCAGGCUAGCUGUUGUCAAUGUAAUGGUGAAACAAGUACUUAUUACAUGGUCUGUUCAGUAACAUACAGGUAUUUACAGGUGCAUCUCAAUAAAUUAGAAUAUUUUGGAAAA